CGUCGCCUACCAGCCUCUCCUAUUAUCAAACAUCAUCCUCCUCUUUAUUAUUUUCUCCGUUUAAACAGAAGAAAAGAAGAUCAAGAAGAGUAAAUACUGAUGAAAAUAUUAACGUUGGAAAAGACGAAGGGUUCAACUGCAACUGCAGUUAUUUUAGUGAUCAUGGCCGUGAUUUUAGCAUUGGGUUUUGUAGAAGCAGCUACUGAUCCCAUGGACUUGCGAUCACUCCAAGUUAUAUACACGUCACUGAACAGUCCUUCAAAGUUGACUGGCUGGAAGGCUAAUGGUGGAGAUCCUUGUAGAGAGUUGUGGAGAGGAGUUGCUUGUCAAGGCUCCUCUGUUGUCUCAAUUGACAUUUCUGGACUUGGACUGAAUGGAACAAUGGGUUACAUGCUCGAUGGUCUCAAAUCACUAAAAACACUGGAUAUGAGUGGUAACAACAUUCAUGGCUCAAUACCUUAUCAGUUACCAUUGGAUCUCACCAACUUGAAUCUUGCAUCCAAUCAUUUAAGUGGGAGUAUUCCUUAUUCAAUCAUUGACAUGGUGUCUAUUAAUUAUCUAAAUCUUAGCAGGAACUCUCUCCAUCAAUCUGUUGGAGAUGUUUUUACUAACCAUUCCGACCUUGCAACCUUGGAUCUUUCUUUCAACAAUUUUAGUGGAGAUCUUCCUCCUUCCAUUGGUUCAUUGUCAAAUCUGGCCAUACUUUACUUGCAGGGCAACCAACUGUCUGGUACACUUGAUGUUCUGGUUGAUUUACAUUUGAUUGAUUUGAAUGUUGCAAACAAUAAUUUCAGUGGAUUGGUACCAUAUGAAAUGAUUUCAAUUCCUAAUUUCAUAUAUGAUGGAAACUCAUUUGACAAUAUUGGAUCUGACAACAAUGACACCGAUCCUCCGCCACCCUUUUUUCCUCCAUCUCCACACCCACCUAGUGGAUCUGACAUCAAUGACACCCAUCACUUUCCUCCAGAUCUUCAUAAAGCACAAGGUUCUGAUGGAGCCCGACCAUCCAAUCUAGAGAACAGAAAUAGAAAGAAAAGUUUGACAUCCGGAGAUAUUAUAGGCAUAGUUUUGGGAUCUUCAUUGGUUGUUCUCCUUGCUAUUUCUGCACUUAUAAUAUGCAUCCGAAAGUGCAAGGGUAAGGAAAAUGCAACAAGAGCCUCUACAGUGAACAGGAAGGUGCUAGAGCCAAGGGCAAAUUUGGCAUCCACUGUAGUAGACUUGAAGCCUCUACCAAUGGAGAGAAUGACAUUAGAUAUCGUACAGGGGAGGAAAGGUUCUGUAAUGAGUGCAAACUCCACUAUUACCGCCACACCUUUUACCGUUGCUGCACUUCAAAAUGCAACAAACAGUUUUUGCCAAGAAAACCUUGUGGGUGAAGGUUCCGUUGGCUGUGUAUAUAGAGCAGAUUUUCCAAAUGGAAAUGUAAUUUUUUUCUUCUCGUAUAAUCCAUCUGUCCCAAAUUAGUAGUCCUCAUUUUCUUUCUGGGACACCCAAAAGAAUAUAUUUUUCUUUCCACU